CGUCGGAUGUAUAUGAGCGCAGGCGGCGGGAUCUCUCUCCCUUUUACCGCCAUCGGAGCGGAGUCUCUUUCUUCCCCGGGACCUCUUCACUGCGCAGCGCCGCCUCACCAGUGCAGCCUCCGGCCAGACAGCGAAGCAUCACUUGAGACUCGGCUAAGAUGGCAGACAUUGACAACAAAGACCAGGCUGAGAUGGACCCGGCAGAUAUGGAGGACGUGGAGGAAGUGGAAGAGGAGGAGACGGGAGAAGAUGAAAACAGCAAAGCUCGUCAGCUGACGGUGCAGAUGAUGCAGAAUCCACAGAUCUUGGCCGCGCUGCAGGAGAGGCUGGAUGGCCUGAACGGCUCGCCAUCAGGGUACAUGGAGAGUUUACCAAAGGUUGUAAAGAGACGUGUAAACGCCCUCAAGAACCUGCAGGUCAAGUGUGCCCACAUUGAAGCAAAGUUCUACGAAGAAGUACACGAACUGGAGAGAAAGUACGCAGCCCUCUACCAGCCCCUCUUCGACAAAAGAAGUGACAUAGUGAAAGCAGCUUAUGAGCCCACAGACGAGGAAUGUGAAUGGAAGGCAGAUGAGGAGGAAGAGCUGACAGUAAGUAAGCAGGAUGAGAUGAAGGAGAAGGCCAAAUUAGAGGAAGAGAAGAAGGAUGAGGAGAAGGAGGACCCCAAAGGCAUCCCCGAGUUCUGGUUAACGGUUUUCAAAAACGUGGACCUGCUCAGCGACAUGCUGCAGGAACACGAUGAACCCAUCCUUAAACAUUUACAAGAUAUUAAAGUAAAGUUCUCAGAUCCAGGACAGCCCAUGAGCUUCACGUUAGAGUUCCACUUUGAGCCCAACGACUUCUUCACAAACACAGUGUUGACAAAAACCUACAAGAUGAGGUCAGAGCCCGACGAGAGCGACCCCUUCUCCUUCGAUGGACCAGAGAUCAUGUGCUGCACGGGUUGCACGAUUGAGUGGACGAAGGGCAAGAACGUCACGUUGAAAACAAUCAAGAAGAAACAGAAGCACAAGGGCCGCGGUACAGUGAGGACGGUCACCAAAACAGUCCCUAACGACUCCUUCUUCAACUUCUUCACCCCACCAGAGGUUCCAGAAAAUGGAGAGUUGGAUGAGGACUCGGAGGCGGUCCUGGCUGCAGACUUUGAAAUCGGCCACUUCAUCCGUGAGCGUAUCGUACCUCGGGCUGUGCUCUACUUCACAGGAGAGGCCAUCGAGGACGAUGACGACGAUUACGAUGAAGAGGGAGAGGAGGCGGAUGAUGAGGAAGGAGAGGAGGAGGCUGAUGAGGAGAACGACCCCGACUAUGAUCCCAAGGUUUAAGUGGUGACAAUAGAAAAAUAACCCUAUCCUGAAGGAUGCAGCCCCCCCAGCUGAGUGCAAGCAGCAGUGAAGCCUGGCCUAGCUGCCUUGAGGAUCAACUGCACUGUAACGGCUUCUCAAAUUAAAAGGAAAAAAAAAGAAAAAACAGAUUUAAAAAAAAUAGUUACUUACCGCCUUAUAAUGUUUUGUAUUUUUCUUGGUAGAGAAUUUGAAGAAAAAAAAAAGUUUCAAGAUUUUUGUUACAAAAACUCAUGGUAAUAUACUGGGAGCUGUGUGGCUCAAUAUACAUAGUAUUUUACUAGACCUGUUUUUUCCUUCUCUUCCUCCUUCUCUGUACAAUAGAUAGAAUACAGGAAAAAAAUUCUCCCUCAAAAGCAUGAACUUGUUUCUUCACUGCUAAAACUAGUUUGGGUUCUUGUGAAGUCUUUUGUUGUAUUUGCUCUUAGACAACAGCUGUGGUUUAGACUGCAUCGCGGCAACGUCAAUUUACAACCCUCCCUUUCCCCCUCCUCUUCCUCCUACCAAAGUUCCAGGUUGGUCAGUUCCGGUCGUCCCAGGUGAAUAUAUUUUUUUUUAAUUCUUAGUGGGGCCUUUAGCACUUGUAAAAGCACUGUAGCAUUUCCAGCUCUAGUGAUGGAGGACAGAUGGGUGACCCGCAGCCGGGUGUCUAUUCCAGUUUAUCUAAUCUUGCUGAGCAUGGGAUCCGGAGUUGGUGUUUUUGGCCACUUCCUGCGCCACUUGUGCUCAACUACUUUCCACUCUCGAUACAUUCCAGUAAGCAGACUGGCUGGCACCAUCGGUGAACCUCUCUUCAAAGGGAGUCCACUUCUGUCUAACUGGACGGGCUCAUCUAAAUUGAACCAAAAAGAAGUUUGUUUCGAACCUCUGCGUCACAUCGUGGGUCGCUCCCAGGGCUCAGCACAGUCUGGUCAAGUCUCUUUAACAUUCCAGAGAAUUCUUAUGCUGAGGAAGAGGCUGAGACGGUUUGGUGGGAUGGCCAGUUUGGGGCUGCCUAGCCCCAGUGACUCAGUGCUUCAGGCUCCUCGUAGGCUCGCAGUGGCUGUUGUCUUUUCUAUAGCACUUUGUCCUAGUGUGUGGUGUACCGGUGGCGUCCUAUCAUUGGUUAGCUGUCUGAGUACUCCUUGUAAGCAGCACUUUGUUUGACGCCCCCUGCCUAAACAGCCACAGGGGGCGGUGCUGUAACCCCGCUCUGUGGAGAGUUCAACUUGUGCUAUCUGGUUUUUAGGUGCAUUGCCUUUCUUACCAGGGGAGGCACAUUUGGCCUAUUCAGAGAGGCUUUGUAGGAACAGGGUUGGGCAGAUGUAGCACAGCGAACUAAAAGGAAAAGUCCAAACCAGGUUUUGAAGUGUCUGUGGACACGUCAGGUUCACCAACCCUCCCCUUUUUUUUCAUCAGUUUAUGACAUUUACCUCUUGCGUCACCAAUUUGUGACCGGUCAGGUGACUCACACGGACCUCAGCCCAGCCCCUGAGGUCUCGGUUCAUUUUAAUCACUGUGAAAGAAAGAGGGGAAGCGUGAUAAGGCCAUUGUAUUGGCCAAUGACCCACCACCCUCCCUACCCAAAACUCCUUCCUUUGUUACCCAGAAGGCCACAGGGAAGCAUGUCAGAGCAAUACUUAAAGCCAGGAGGGGCACCGAGAAGAAACCGUAGCCUGCCUCCCUCCCACUCCAUUCUUAAUGCCUUCUUCAGUUGUGAAACCAGCCACGUGCUGGUUGUGCUGGGCAGCAUCAUGCCCACUGUGGAGAGCCAGGGUACUUCUCAUUCUGCAGGGAGUAUUCAGAUCAUGUUCAUUGGAAAAGGACGUGAAUGGGUUUCUGUAGGGUCCUUCUGAGCAGCUGUUGUCAAGGCAAAAUGCUAUGCUACAAAAAUACUAAUGUACUCAAUAACUGUACGUGUAUGUUCAUGAAUAAAUUGGUUAAACAUGUCUAAUA